AUGGCAUACCUGAGCGAGUGUCGCCUGCGACUGGAGAAAGGCUUUAUCUUGGACGGGGUGGCUGUGAGCACCACUGCCCGCGCUUAUGGGCGCUCUAGGCCCAAGCUGUGGUCGGCGAUUCCGCCCUACAAUGCGCAGCAGGACUACCACGCCCGCAGCUACUUCCAGAGCCACGUGGUUCCGCCCGUUUUGCGGAAAACUGAUCAGGAUCAUGGCGGUACAGGAAGGGAUGGCUGGAUUGUAGACUAUAUCCACAUCUUCGGGCAAGGACAGAGAUACCUCAACAGGAGAAAUUGGGCAGGGACAGGGCAUUCUCUCCAGCAGGUGACUGGGCACGACCACUACAAUGCUGAUCUGAAACCAAUCUAUGGGUUCAAUGGAAGGUUUGGCUACCGCCGGAACACUCCAGCCCUCCGUCGGAGCACGUCCGUCUUUGGAGAGGUCACCCACUUCCCUCUGUUCUAA